GCAGAGGGUGUCCCUGGGAAGGCUGGUUUCUGGCUGCUCCAGUGCCUUGUAGGUCUGGUCCUUGGUUGCAUGCCGUGGCUGCGGGAACUGGAAUGCUGAGAUUUGCCUGGGGGAGGUGGAAAACUGGCCCGUGCACCAGGAGGGGAUGGGAAAAGAGGACGUGCUCGUCUGGUGGGAAUGCCCCAGCUCAUGCAUCCCUUCAGCAACAUGUUAUAACCCAGUGCUGCGAGAAGGGUAAACUGAAGAAGCAGGAGUGAACCUCUUUAAGAUGCAGAGCUGGUGCCUGACUGUAGCAGAGAGGAGGUGACAUUCCUGCCCGCAGCCGCUGGCUUCUCUCUCGCUUUUGGGAGUGUAGAUUGGUAUUAGCAUGUCCCGGUUGGAUCCAGGGCUCAGCAUCAGCUGGCACUGGAAAGGGAGACGUAGCAUGCCACGCUGUUCUGGGCUGGAAGCGUGAUGUGCUUUUGCCCCCCGGACUCCAAAAAACCUGCUUCUUUUUUGGUGAAGUGAACCCUAAUCUCCUGUUUCUUUGCUGCAUGCCCACUCACCAGUGCUGGAUUAUGUUUGUCUCCUUCUCCCUUUGCUCCAUAAUUUGGUUGAAUCGUGGUUUCAAGCUAAGGAAAAGGGGCUGCACCUAAGCGUGCCAGGGCACCCAGACCAGGCUCCUGGGGUGCUGGUUCACACAGAGACAUUCAGAGCGCUGAUGGGGGAGAGCUGCCUUUGAGAUCCCUCCUCUCCCACCCGAAACACGCUGCCUCACCAUUCAGAGCCAUUCUCCCAGCAGCAGAGAGAAUGGGCAGCACUGAUGGGUUCCAGUACCGUGCGCUUUACCCCUACCGCAAGGAGCGCGAGGAGGACAUUGAUCUGCUGCCUGGGGACAUUCUGGUGGUGAGCAAGGGGGCCCUGCAAGCCCUGGGCUUCAAAGAUGGGGAUGAGCAGACCCCCAAUCAGAUCGGGUGGAUCCUGGGUGUCAACGAGCGGACCAAGCAGAAGGGCGACUUUCCCGGCACGUACGUGGAGUACGUGGGGCCUGUGAAGAUCUCCGUCCCUUCUCACCGGCCCCGAGGACCGAACCCACUGGGGCUGACCCCUUCUCUCCCUCCCUCUCCUCCAGGGUCUCCUCUCCCAGACUUGCAGGAGCAGUUCAGCCCUCCGGAGAUUGCACCGCCGCUGCUGGUGAAGCUGGUGGAAGCUAUUGAGAAGAAAGGGUUAGACAGCGAGAUGUUGUACAGGACAUCUGGCUCCGAACUGAGGCAAGCACUGAGAACCGAUUGGACCCUGGGCGACCUGGAGCCCUUCGACGUGCACUCCCUGGGUGAGGCACUGCGAGGCUACCUGCAGGACCUGCCCUCCCCCGUGGUGCCAGUGUCCGUGCACGGAGACAUCCUUCGCGUCCUGCAGGAGAUCCCCCAGCCGGAGAAUUGCCGGAAGCAGCUGCUGCUGGCCCUGGAGUCGCCUGCGGUCCCGCUCCAGAACACGCUCACCCUGCAGUUCCUGCUCCGGCAUCUGGGGAAGGUAUCGCAGCAGGCCGAGAGCAACAGCCUCCACCCUCGGGCCAUGGGAGAGAUCUUCGGCCCCCUUCUCCUCCGGCUGCCUGGCGCCAGCCCAGAGCUGAGCCCUGACUUCUCCGUGCUGUUUCUGGAGAUGCUUCUGCAGACGAAGGAGUUGGAGCCGGAACAGCUGCCUCCAGCCUUGCCUCCAAAACCGCCUAAGCCAAAGCCCAGUGCAGCCAGCUUGGCCAAUGGGAACAGCGUGCCCUUGCAGGACGCCGAGUGGUACUGGGGUGACAUUUCUCGGGAGGAGGUGAACGAGAAGCUACGGGACACGCCAGAUGGUACCUUUUUGGUGCGCGAUGCCUCCAGCAAGAUCCAGGGGGAGUACACGCUUACGCUCAGGAAGGGAGGCAAUAACAAGCUGAUCAAGAUCUUUCACCGGGAGGGGAAGUACGGCUUCUCAGAGCCCCUGACUUUCGGCUCGGUGGUGGAGCUCAUCACCCAUUACCGGCACGAGUCGCUGGCCCAGUACAACGCCAAGCUGGACACCAGGCUGCUCUACCCCAUCUCCAAGUACCAGCAGGACCAAGUGGUGAAAGAGGACAGCGUGGAAGCUGUUGGGGAGCAGCUGAAGGUCUAUCACCAGCAGUACCAGGACAAGAGCUGGGAGUAUGACCUGCUGUAUGAGGAGUACACACGCACUUCCCAGGAGCUGCAGAUGAAGAGGACGGCAAUCGAGGCCUUCAAUGAGACAAUCAAGAUCUUUGAGGAGCAGUGUCAGACACAGGAAAAGUGCAGCAAGGAGUACAUUGAGCGCUUCCGGCGGGAGGGCAACGAGAAGGAGGUGCAACGGAUCCUCAUGAACUCAGAGAAGCUCAAGUCUCGCAUCACGGAGAUCCACGACAGCAAGAUGAAGCUGGAGCAGGACCUGAAAAAACAAGCCUCGGAGAACCGGGAGAUCGACAAGCGCAUGAACAGCCUCAAGCCAGACCUCAUGCAGCUGCGCAAACUGCGGGACCAGUAUUUGGUGUGGCUGACGCAGAAGGGUGCCCGGCAGAAGAAAAUCAACGAGUGGCUGGGCAUCAAGAACGAGACGGAGGACCAGUACUCCAUGAUGGAUGACGAGGAGGAGCUGCCCCACCACGAGGAGCGGACGUGGUACGUGGGGAAGAUCAACCGCUUGCAAGCAGAAGAGAUGCUGUGCGGCAAGCGGGACGGCACCUUCCUGAUCCGCGAGAGCAGCCAGAAGGGAUGCUACGCCUGCUCCGUGGUGGUGGACGGUGACACCAAGCACUGCGUGAUCUACAAAACGGCGACCGGCUACGGGUUCGCUGAACCCUACAACCUCUAUGCCUCCCUCAAGGACCUGGUCUUGCACUACAAGCACACGUCCCUGGUGCAGCACAAUGACUCCCUGAAUGUCACGCUGGCUCACCCGGUCCUUUCCCAGCCACCAGCCAGAUGAGCAGCCCAUGCACAACACAAAGCUGCCUUCAGCUUCUCCCCAGGGCGCUGCUUUCUGGCUCUGGACUCUUGCAUCCUGUAUAGUUGAGUCUCUGUGCUCCUGCCCCUCCAGAGCCUCUGAGAUGUCUGUGACCGUUCCUGGUGUCCCUUUUGGUCUGUAGCUGAAACCCAUGUUGGCUGACGGGACGAAAAGCCUGAGCUGUUGACUCCCAGUGGGCUCCAGGCUCUAGGAGGUGGGAUCCAGUUGUGAUUGAAUUGCUGUGGGCGAGCACAGCCCCCUCCCCUUCCCCGAUAAGCAGAUCAGAUCCCUUUCUUGCUGGCAGGUCACCCCGCUACACAUCACUGUAGAGCUAGAUUCCCGAUUCCUUUGUGUGCUACAGCAUCGGGUCACCGCCCCAGCCGAGCGGUCACGAGCGCUGCUCUGAGCGAGGGGCUCCCUGCCUGCAUGCCAGAGGAGGAGGCUCUGCUGGGCGGCUGAGCCUGUGCAUCCUCCACUCCCACUUCCCUCGGUGAUCUUGCAGGCUGUGGUGGUGUCUGGUACGAGGGGUGCUGCUCUUCCAUGCAGAGACGGAUUUAAAAGAGAAUCCCCAUCCUCUGUGGGGCUUCUUGGCCAAGGUCUCCCCUCGGUCCUGUGCCCCACUUCACCAUUUGUUCCCUAGUGUCGUAACCACCUCUUUGAGUGUUGCUGUCUGGGGAGGGAGGAUCCGGUUAGUGAUGAAUCUCUCGCCUUAGUUGUGCCAACUAAGCUGUGAAAUCCGUGUUGGUACCCGUGUUUUUCCUGGCAGAAUCUGUGGGAUGCACAGCUCGUUGUUUCCGGCCGUCUUCGGUGGAUCUCUGCAGACGUAACCCAUUGAAGCUAACUCUAGCUCUGUAAAUACGGUUCUUUUCUUAAUCAGCUGCUUACCUGGUACUGGUGUUUGCUGAACUCCCACUACGAUACGCAAGCGCGUGGGCAGCAGCUGGCCAGGCUGUUGCAGACUCAGGUCCUGCCAGCUGAAGCAGGAGGGGGCCAGAGUCCAACACACGCUACGAGCCCUACAUAAAAUGAAGGACCUCUCUGCUGCAGGAGGAUGGUAUCUCUGCUGGGCCAAGGGCCUUAGCACACAGAAAUGUAUAUGCAUGAUGUCGAACUAUGUAUGCAAAGCACUUAUAAUCAUGAGUACUGUAUGGGGACUUGGGGUGAAAGAGCUGGGCGUUGCUGUAGUGCUGCCCACCGCAGCUGGCUGGCGCGGGCAGGGCUUGUUGCGUCUUUUUGGAUAAUGCUGAGUUCAGAGGGCUCGAGGGCGACGGAGGUGGCCCUGGAAGAGCUUUAAAAGUUAAGGCCAUGGUGGCAUUUGCUUUACAGGGUUAUCUUGUCUGCCUGGCUUGAAGAAAGCAUUAAUUGUCCUCUUGAGUUGCUGGAGAGGCUCCUUUCCCUUUUGGAGGCUGCAUCCUUAGGAUAGGCUGGUGGAUGCUGUAGGUUUUGAUGCUUCUGCUUUGUGUUGCGACUCGGGCUGUGCCAGAUCUGCAGGGUGCUCAUGCUCUGCUUGCAUCCUGUCCUCAACAUGCCGUCUGCGUCGGGGACUGCGCUGUCCCUCCUCCCUUGGCCAGCUCUGCUGCUCCCCUUGCUCUGGGCUGGUCCCCAGAUCCUUUUGGAUCUGGGAUUGCUGGAGCAAACAUCCCAUUCCCAUUGCUUGUGGCAGCUCUCCUAUGCUCGACUGUACAGACCCCAUUCCCUGCUCUGCAUGCCUUCUCCGGGCCCUGGGCCAUGCUUUUUUGGUUCUGGUUUGUCGGUGUUUGGUGCUCCGAGGAUGCUCAUCGCAGCUCAGGCAUGCGCCUGGGUGCCGAAGUGCCACGGAAGGGGCAGGCGAUGGGUCAGGGGAGCUGUCUUUGGCUUUGGAGAUCACUUGGGAAAAGCUGUCAGGUAUAAUUAAGGGAAUAGUUUGGGCUCAGACACGUGAGAGAUGAGAGCACGUGGGAAUGGGGCAGGGAGGGAUGGUGCUCACAGCCCUCUGUGCAGAGGCCUCCUGGGGUUUGUGGGGUGGCCCGGGGGGGCUGUGCCAACGCCUCAAAGCUUUCUGCCAGGCUCACGCACCGGUUGUGGCAGCACAUUUUCAGCCUGGGGACUCCGUGCUGGUCCUGCCCCAGUCCUGUGCUUCCAGCACAUCCCUGCACCACGGGGCAGGCUGCAGGUGGAUGGGAGGCUCCAGCCGCCCACG